ACAGCAGACUGCCCAGUGCCCAGUUCAAAACCAAACAAAACACUGACGGCUGUUUUGUUUUGAUGUGCAACAUGAGAUAACGAUUAAUCUCGCUGUCAUAUUCCGUAGGAUACUUACUAAGCUAAUCUGGUUAUCUCAUAAAUCUUAGCAGAUACCUGCCGGUAGUUUUCAAGUCGCUGAGAAGAAAUAUUAUGUUUCUUCUGCAAUGGGUACCAAAAUAUUCAGUAUUGCUCUAGUGGUUGCAUUUGCUGCCAUCAUAAUAAAUACCUACAUGAAAAAUAAGGGAGAGACAAGAUAUAUGUUUCAUGCAGAAUGGUACGACCCAGUGUCAGCAACUAUAAAGAAAUUCCAUUUGAGUUUCUUCCCACGGGACAAAUCUGUAGAAAUGUAUGACCUGAGGGCACAGCGGUUAUUUUUGAAGAGGUUCCAGGUAGAAGGGAUUGAUGAGAGAGAUCUUUACCUUGGAAAUACUAUUGUAAUUUUAUCAAGACAACUCAAGAUUAUAGACUAUGCUGAUGCUUCCACCAGAGAGCUCAUUAGUGCUAGAAGGCAGAGAACUUUUGCUAUGGUUAAACCAGAUGCAGUACACAGACUAGGUGAAGUUAUUGAUGUCAUACAAAGCAGAGACUUUGAGGUCAGCCAGAUGAAAAUGGUUCAGCUUUUGAGGUCUCAGGCAGCUGUUUUUUACAGAGAACAUGAAGGCAGGCCUUUCUUUGAGCCUCUACUGGAUUACGUAACAAGUGGUUCAGUUGUUGCAAUGGAGUUGAUCACCACAAAUGCUGUCAAGAGAUGGAGGGAAACAUUAGGUCCUACAGAUUCAGAGGUUGCAAGACAGGAUGCCCCAGACUCGAUAAGAGCUAAGUUUGGAAAAGAUAAGCAGAGUAAUGCAGCUCAUGGAUCAGAUUCUGAUGUUUCAGCCACAAGAGAAAUUGAAUUCUUCUUCCCUUCAUCAAAAAUGAAUAGUGCAUUAGUGCCAGAGACAACUGCAAGAUUUGUUAAUAACACUUGUUGUAUUAUCAAGCCUCAUGCUAUUGCUGCUGGUAACUUAGGUGGCAUCCUUCGAGCAAUAACAGAAGGAGGGUUUGACAUAACAGCUCUUCAAAUGUUUCGUAUGGACAAGAUUCAGGCUGAAGAAUUUUUAGAAGUUUAUAAAGGAGUUGUAAAUGAAUAUCCAGGUAUGGUCCAACAGUUGAUAUCAGGUCCUUCAGUUGCUCUAGAAAUACAGAGCAUUCAUGGGGCUGAGACACCUGUGAAGUUCAGGGAAUUUGUUGGACCAGCAGACCCGGAUGUGGCGAGAGAACUGAGGCCAAAUAGCUUAAGAGCUCGAUUUGGUGAGGAUAAGAUAAAGAAUGCAUUACAUUGCUCAGAUCUUCCAGACGAUGGUUCUCUUGAGGUUGAAUAUUUCUUCAAAAUUCUUCAAUGAAAGUUGCUUGCUUGGCAUGAAGUUCAAAACUUAAUGCUGUACAGUAUUGUUUACAUACUCAUCCCACCUCAGAUUCCCCGAGAGACAAUUUCAUUGUAUGCGAAGUUUAGUCUUAUGUAAAGUGUACUGCUCUUCAUCCAAAGGUAAUGUAUGUAAUUUAGUUCUCUUUGUUUAAGAAUUCACUGUAUAUAGACUUGAUAAUUUGCACAGACUCCAUAAUUUAUUGGUUAUUAAUCUCUUGAAACUUAGGUUAUUCCUGUGUAUCAAUUUAGUCUUAAAAGGUACAUUGUUCUUUCUACAGGUAUUAGUCCUUUAGUCCAGCAUUAAUGGGACCAAUUAGGUGUCAGUGAUGUACCAGCUGGUGGCCACUGAAAAAUAUACCUUAAAAAUGUUUUAAAUAUAUAUCAGUCUAAGUAUAUCAUUAGGCCUUAAUGCAUUUCUAAUCACAGAAUAAUUUUCAAAUUAGCAUAAUAUAUAUAAAACCAUUUGCCGUAUAUUUCCGUCUAUAAGACAACUUUUAAAUCUUAAAAUUCAAUCAUAAAAAUUUGGAGUCAUCUUUUACUACCAUUCUAAAAAUCAAACCUUGAAUUCUAAGUUUUGUUUAAUGGUAGGCUAGCCUUGGCCUCUGUGCCAUAACCAUUGAUUCACAUCAUGAAAUAAACUGAUAAUAGAACCAUUUUUACCAUGUAUAUUAUUGGCAUAUUCGAGAAAUAAUUCCAUAUCAAUGAAAUCAACUUUUCUCAAUGCAAGCCCAGCUGUGAAAAUGUAAACAUCGGGUUAUGGCUACACUCGCAGAAACAUUUAUCUUUCAGUAACCUUUCAAAAUUUUAAUGGUAAUGUGAUUACAGUAGUAUGUAGUAAGAUUUAUGGUAACAUAAUAUUCAUUUUCAUAAAAAAUUCAUAUAAUUUUGAUGAAAUAACAUAAUUUUGCUUCACAGUCAACUUUUUACAACAAUUCGGUCAUACAAAUGGUAAUUAUGUAUGAUAAUUAUUGUACAUUAGACUAAUCUCUUUUCCAAUAUCUCUUUAGCCCAUCUUUUAGUUAAAUAAGUUAAAAAGUAAAAGAGACUGAUAAAUGUAUCGUUAGUAAUACUAUACUUGUUGUGUAAACGCAUACAGCCAUAAACAACCAAUUGAGAAAAAGCUGUUUUGCUUUGAACAACCGAAUUGGUAAAUAACCAUUUCAAUCAUUGUAUGAUAGUAAAUAAUUACCGUAUUUAUAUUAAAAAUGGUGUUAAGUAGAAUAGGACUGAUACAUUUUUACAUUACAGUACUCUAUACCGGUAUUCACUAUGGAGAAAAGAUCAGCAAGGAAAUAGCAUACUUAUAAAUUGAAGCUGCAUGUUGUAGCUUUAGCUGAGAAAACAAUGUUCAAGCUUUUAAUGACUAUAAAUUAUUGUGCUUUGGCAACUGAGAUGAAACUCCCCUAAACUUUGUCAUGCUAUGAAAUUCGACCGUAAAUUAGAUUGGAGAGAAAAGUAUUUUAAUCAGAGUUACUGGGCAUGAAAGAACACAUUUUACUUGUGUUUAACGUGUAUGGCAGAUGGGACAAAAUUUUCCCCCAUGGUUAUUUUAAAUAGAAAUUGAUGCUAAACAAAAAUUCCCAAAUGGUAUCAUUGUCCACUUUCACAAAAACUUAAACAAUGCAAAUUGUACAUGAUUAUUAUACAUGUUUAUAUUUUAUAAUACAAUAGAAAUAUGAAAAUAACAUACAUACAUACCUUAUUGGGUAUAGUGAAAUAAAGCAUAACUUUUUCAAAGAUCCAUGGAAAAAGUGCAUAUUUAUUAUGUUUGUAUUUUAUACUACAAUACUAAUAUAAUAUAUGAAAAUUACAUAUGCUAAUUUUAUGUCUUGUGUAUGAUGCAACCUCCUUAAAAUUAGCUUCAAAAUUAAAUCUUCAAAAGUUGCAUAUGUAAGUAUAUAUUACAGUAACCAAAAGCUAGCCUAUACACAGAUGGUUUUUUUUAAUUUAGUAGUCAUCUUAUACUACAGAUAUGAGAUAAAUUCAUGAGAAUAUACGGUAAUUGAUUUUGAAAAUAUGAAUGCUAAAGCUAUAUGCUAAAUGACUGAAGAAAUUUUUUUUUUUUUUUACAUAGCAUUGGUUUACUUACUAUCCAUAUCAUCAGUGAAGUCUAAACCUAUAUUUUUUCUUUGAUUACAGUAGAAUACUAGAAAUUUCAUGAUUAUUUGGUCUUACCUAAUAAAACAGUAUAUACAAUAUACAUACUUUAGUACUCAUGAACAACUGUACUUAAUAUAAGCUCUCACACUGCCUAGUCUAAGAGUAGACGGCUUCUGGUGUAGAGAAAGUGACUUGUAGUGAAGAUUCCAGUAAUAUUUUGGUUUGAUUUUUAACAGUGAAAUGCUAAAUAACUAUUCAAAUUUUGAAAAUAUGAUAGAUUCAUGAAUUGUCAAUAAAAAAAAUGAAGUAGAACAUUGCAAGAGUAUAUUAAUGUUACAGAAACUAUUAAGUAACUUUAUUGGGUAUGUGGAUCAUGUUUCAGUUCAUUUUGCUAGUAUCCAAAGAAUUUUAGAUUACAGUUUUAUGAAUAUUAGAAUAUGUACACUUAAUAGUUGGUGGAGCAUUGUGUAUUAUUUUCAUCAUUUGGUAUCUAGUAUGGGAUAAGACAUUACAUGUUUAAACAUAAAACUGGCAUCACUUUAUUAUAGUGCAUGCAAACGUGACUUUGACCAGCUAAGUUUUUAUCAUUAAGUAGUCUAACUCUCAUAAAGCAGGCCUGACCAGAGUUUAUGGCAUGUUACAGACAUGCUGUACACAUUUCUAAGGUAUUUUAUUUUAUUAUGUAAUUAUUGAUGAUUAAAAAAAAUUUAAUGCCUAAUAUUAAUUUUACCACAACAUGAUACAUUGCACUACUGCUUUUAGUAGUGCAAAAUUCAAGCUACCAGAGGCAUUUUCAUUUUUUUUGUUUAAUACAACAGUUUGGUAAAGUGCUGGACCGCUAGCUUUAAUCUGGAAUGGGACUUUUAACUAAAUUGCCAUAGCUGUAGGUUUGCCAAACUAUAGGAUGCUGGAAUGAUGGACUUAUACUGUAAUUAUUUUCUGUUCAAAUGCUGCAGCCCAAUCAUUUUAAUAUGACAGCAUUUGUUGUUGAUCAAUGAAAAAUGCUAAUUGCUCCAAGGCAUUGGUCCAGAAUAAGAGAAUGUAGAUAAUAUGGUACUAUAUCCUUUUGUAAUUACUUUUCUUAGGCCAUACCUGUAAUAAGCUAUCAUUGCAUCAUGUAAUUGUUACAGAAGAUUCAAAAUGUAUGAAGAUUUAAAAUGUAUGGCUUCUGUAUUUGUGUUUGUUGAUCAUGGCAGUUUUAAGAUUAUAAAGUGAGGAACUAAGUCAGACUGGGAAAUUUAUAAAGGGUAAAAACUUUAGAAUUAAUAGAGAUCUGUUUCUCUUUUUGUAUUAUUAACUUCUUUCAUGAUUCUAUUUUUGUUAGUAAAAUUUACUGUUUUGAUGUGCUCUGCAGAAAUGCCUGUAUAUGCUGUUGAACAUUAUGUAUUUGGUUGUACAUAUACUGUUUACUAUUGAUAUUUGCUUUUGAUAUUAAAGAAAUAUGAGUUUC